UUUAUAAUCAAAAAUAAUAAAUUAAAUUGCUAGAAAAAAGAAGAAGAAGAUUUUGCUAGUUGAGAAAAACCUCGAAAAUUCAAACAAAAUGCGUCGAUUGGAAUCAUUUGGAUAACAGCAGCUCGCUCCUUUACUCCUCAGUCGUCUACAUCACCAUCAUUUAUCCCCCAUUUGAUUUUUGCGAGUUUCGAUCAAACCCUAAUAUUGCUGCCCGAAUUGUACCAUCAGUCGCUUCGAACAACUAUGGAAGGUGGCUAAAAGAGAUGGAGAAUUUAUAGUGCAUUCAAAUGUAUUUUGGAGUUGCCAGCUGUUAUGGAGACAACGGAUGACAUAGGAGAUGUGAUUGGUCCAAGAGGCCUGAUUAAGAAGCACGAGUUGGUACGAAUCAUCAUUCAAUGUUUAUACGCUCUAGGUUACAGCAAGUCCGCUGCCUGUUUGGAAUCUGAGUCUGGCAUUACAUGUAAGUCCCCCGAAUUUGAAUUAAUCGAAUCACACAUUUUAGAUGGAAAUUGGGAUGAUUGCAUCGAGAGUCUUGACAAAAUAAAUGGCUUGGAUGACGAGACAAGGGCUUCAGUAUCUUUCCUUGUUCUUGAACAAUGCUUGUUGGAAUGUUUGGAUUGUGGGAACAUAUCUCUGGCGUUGGACAUAAUGCGGAAGCAGUUUUCAUCUUUGAAAAUUGGCACAGAAAUGGUUCACAAACUUUCUUAUGAACUGCUCUCUUUGAAGGGAUUGAGGUUGGGUUGUAUUGAUAGUGAUUCAGUUCACGAGUUGCGAAAAAGAUUGCUCGCAAAUCUGGAAAAAGUUUUACCACCACCAAUUACACUGCCUGAGAGAAGGCUGGAACAUUUGGUCGAAAUGGCUAUUUCUGCUUUGGUCGAUGACUGUAUUUACCACAGUUCAUCUGAUUCAGUAUCACUGUAUAGAGACCACCAUUGUGAUCGAGAUCAGUUUCCAACAGAGACCACUCAGAUAUUGACUAAUCAUCAAAAUGAAGUAUGGUCUGUUCAGUUUUCCAACAAUGGAGAGUAUUUGGCAUCAUCAUCAAGUGAUUGCACAGCCAUCAUAUGGAAGGUGCAGGAUGAUAAUAGAGUAACCCUGAGGCACGUGUUAUGUGGCCACAAAAAACCUGUUUCAUUUGUGGCAUGGAGUCCAGAUAACUCCAUGCUACUCACUUGCGGAAAUAUGGAAGUCCUUAAACUUUGGGAUGUGGAAACUGGCACAUGCAGGCAAACAUUCGGCGGCGAUGGUUUUGUUGUUAGUUCUUGUGCUUGGUUUCCUGAUUCCAAGUGUCUCGUCUGUGGCAGCUCAGAUCCUAAGAAGGGCAUUUACAUGUGGGACUGUGAAGGUAAUGAGAUUAAGGCCUGGAAAGGUAUGCGUAUGCCAAAGGUUAUUGAUAUUGCUGUGACUCCAGAUGGGGAAAAUCUCAUCAGCAUUUUCUCCGACAAAGAGAUAAGGAUAUUGAAUUUGGCAACCAAUGCUGAACGUGUUAUUUCUGAGGAGCACUCUAUCACCUCUCUUUCGGUAUCUGGAGAUAGCAACUACUUAAUCGUCAACCUUAAUAGCCAAGAAAUUCACUUGUGGGACGUUACCACAAAAUGGAUUGAACCACGCAAGUACAGUGGCCACAGGCAACAGAAAUAUGUCAUCCGUUCCUGCUUUGGGGGUUUGAACAGUAUGUUCAUUGCCAGUGGCAGUGAAGAUUCCAAGGUGUACAUAUGGAACCGAAGAAGUUCUAGCCCAAUUGAGAUCCUGUCUGGCCAUUUGAAGACUGUAAAUUGCGUUAGCUGGAACCCAAGGCGACCCCAAAUGUUAGCUUCAGCGAGUGAUGAUAACACAAUACGUAUAUGGGGACCAUGUCGUUCCAAUAGAGCAGAACGGAAUAGCUUUACUGAGUAGAGUGUGCAUAUGCAGGUUUUCUUCUAUACCAACAAUUUUCACUUUUUGUGGUUGUAAAUGUCAGGGUUACUUCCUUCUUUUUGGCGUGUGUAUAUUCUCACGAAAUUCCUGUUCUGUUAAUGCCCUUUUCUUUCUUUUUGGUCUCUUAUUUAGUUCACACUUUUUUUUACUAUGGUCUGUUUCCCAAAUUGAUCGUCUAUAGACUUGUGUGAUUGGUUGUUGGAAGUGUAGAAUAUGAAGUAAUUAACUUGUACUAUGUCUUUUUAGUUGACAGUAGUUAACUUGUAUUUAUCUGGUCUGUAAUUGUGAAUUACUACUACUGAAGCAUCCACCGUGUUGCUUUCUCGUUGAGGGGAAUAAGAAUGCAUUAUUGUCAACUAUCAAA